AUGGAGGGCUUCACCGGAGGGGAUGAAUACCAGAAGCACUUCCAGCCCCGCGACUACCUGGCCACCUACUACAACUUGCAGAGUGGACCCUCGGCCGAGGCAGAGAUGCUCAGGUUUUACCUGGAGUGUCUGCACAAGACCUUUGGCCCUGGGGGACUCCGGGGGGACACGCUGAUCGACAUUGGCUCGGGCCCCACCAUCUACCAAGUGCUCUCCGCCUGCGAGGCCUUCGGGGACAUCACGAUGUCUGACUUCACUGACCGCAACAGGGAGGAGCUGCAGAAAUGGCUCAAGAAGGAGCCGGGGGCUUAUGACUGGACCCCGGUGGUGAAAUAUGCCUGUGAGCUGGAGGGCGACAGCGACAGGUGGCAGGAGAAGGAGGAGAAGCUGCGGGCAGUGGUGAGGCGGGUGCUCAAGUGUGACGCCAACCUGGCCAACCCCUUGGCCCCGGCUGUGCUGCCCCCGGCUGACUGCGUGCUCACGUUGCUGGCCAUGGAGGCUGCCUGCUGCAGCCUGGACGCCUACCGCACGGGGCUGCGCAACCUGGCCUCGCUGCUCAAGCCCGGCGGCCACCUGGUGACGGCCGUCACGCUCGGCCUCUCGUCCUACAUGGUGGGGAAGCGAGAGUUCUCCUGCCUGGCCCUGGGGAAGGAGGAGGUGCAGCAGGCAGUCCUGGAUGCCGGCCUCCACAUCCAGCAUGUCCUGCACAGCCCCAAGAGCUACACAGCCUCCAGUGCGGCCAACACCGGAGGGGUCUGCUUCCUGGUGGCCUGCAAGAAGCCGGGCCCUGAGGUGCCAGGGUCAGCACAGGCGCCCACCCCUCCCCGGGCUACAAUAGGCUAGCUGUGGGUAGGAGAAGCUCCCAGCCGCUUUCAGCUUUCAGCACUCACCUCCCAUCUUUGCGAGUUCUGAGAGCCCAGCAUCCUUGCUGCAGGACACUAGGCUCUCACUAUACUUGGUCCUAGUACCCUGCUGAGGAUUAUUCCUGCCCUAGGAUGUAAGGCUCACAGCUGGCCGCUCACGCACCCAGGGGCAUCUUCACUUCCAGCAUCUUUGUUGCUAUGCUUCUAAUUCUGCUUCUAAAACCCCUUCUGUUUCUUUUGGUUUAAUCCCCCUGCUUAACACUAUUCUAUUUACAUAACUAAGCACCACCCUGCCUACAGGGCACUGGUUUAAUCCCCACUGGUUCAUGAUGUCUUUUUGCUCCGCCCCCUCUCGUAGUCACCCUGAUUUGCACCAGUCACUUUUCGCUCCACCCUCUCUAUGUCACAUCCUGUUUACACCCUACUUGGCUAGUAUAUUAGUUUAGUUUUAGCCUAGCUUGGUUUGGAUUGCGCUGCGUUCUACAUGAAUAAAGAGAUACUGCGAACAGCUCA